AUGUCUUUACUGCACUUUGGUGCACUAAGGCUUUUCUUCAUGUGGCAACUGGUCCUGGCUUUUCCCAUUCCAGAGUUCAUUGGGAACCCACGCCAGUUGACUUCAGAGCCCUGGGUGCUAACCAAACUCUGGUCUUGGAACCCCUCUGAUCAUCCACCUAAAUCCCCACAUACUCGAGCACCUGAGACAGACAAAGGGGGCACUGAGUAUCUGGGGCCCCCUGCUCCCAAAGAGAUGUUGGCCCCACUUGAGGAGUUGACUGACAGUUUACUUCUAUUCCAGGACCCCAGCACUUCUCGGGAGUCGAACCCAGAGCCUGCGGAACUUGGUGUUUCACAUCAGCAUCUGACCAACAAGCUGAUACCACCUGGUACACCAGAGAACAUUUUAACACCAAAUGGGGAUCAAGUUCAGGCUCCCAUUCGGCCUUCACAGUUCAAAUGUACUGCCAGUCUAGCUGAGGCUGCAGAUCAUCAGUUGGAUGCAAUACUUGUUCUGCCACUAGACAGCCAGAGUUCAAAAGCAACAACCAUCAUGGUUUCACCCAUGGAGUUGAAGAAAGAUUUAACUCAGCACAGGAAACUUGCUAAGGUGGUUGCUGGAAAACCUCAGUUUCACAAACAAACCAAAGAUGAUGAUUAUGGUGACCUGAAUAUGAAUGAAGCUUAUUCUUACAGCCUUCCUAAGCAAUCCCAGGAAAAUGCAGAUGAAGCUCCAGAGUUCCUAGAGCAGGAUGAACCUGACCAGUUGGAGACACAAGUUCAAAAUACAGAGAAUCUCCAUCAGGAAGCUCCAGAUUAUUUCCCACAGGAAGAUGAACCUUUAAUCCAAAAAGAAGACUCAGCUCACCAUCAGCUCCAUUAUACUUCGCCCAUGAUUACAGGUAAGCCUGCAGUUAGAAUCUAAAAAACUUCUGAACCUAGAACAGAGAAUGAGUCAUCUCCAUAUGAGGAGGAGACUCCAACUCAGACUCCCAGUCCUCCUGUUGAAACUGAACAUUUCGUCAGCCAGCAGCAGCAGCCAACUGAACCUUCUGAGUAUUCUGAGGAGGCUGAAUCUUCUGGAGUUGAUUUGGAACCUCCAGUUCAGCCUCAAGAGGAAGCAGAGGAGUUAGGCCCUUUACCAAUGCAGCAGGAAGAUUUAUCUCAACAUCCAGGUCCUCUUCUGGAGGAUGACUCUAAUCUCAGUGAACUAGAGCAGCCAGGUCAACUUUCUGAGUCUCCUGAGGAGGGAGAAUUGGGUUCUGGAAACCAGCCAGAAGCUUCAGUCCAACCUGCAGAGCUCCCUCCAGUUGAACAAGAGGCUCCACUUCAAACUCCAGAGUCCCCUAUUGAGAAUGUGGUUGAAACUCCACCAGUUCACAAAGUCCAGCCAAAUCCAAAUGAAGAGCACCAUUAUUACUUACCACAUGUUACAGUUAGACCCGUGGAUGUGGCACUUACCAUAACUUCUACCAAGGAGACGGAAUCUUCUCUGAUGCAGCAGGUGUCCCCAGUGCAUCCUUUGGAGUAUACUGAGCAGAUGGAACCCUUUCUCCAUGAGGAGAAGCCUCCAGCUCAGGCUUCUGGGCCUUCUGGAGAGAGUCAAUUUCAAAGCCCCCUGGAGGUACCAGCUCAAGCCUUAGAGUAUGCUGAAGAGUUUAAACCUUCUGCAACUGAGCAGGAACAAGCAGCUCAGUCUCCAGAGCAUCAUGAAGUGACAGAUUUGCCUCCAGAUCACUAUCAAGCUCAGCUUUCUAGCCUGUCUUAUGUGAUUGGUCAAUCUCUAGAUCUGGAGAUUACAGUAACAGAGAAUCCUCUAGCUGCGAUGGGAACUGUGUACCAUGAGGCUACAGCAUCUGAAGAGGUUGAACUGUCAAAACAACAGGGUGUUUUAUAUCAGCCCGCAGAACCUAUUCUGCAUCAUAAACCUCUAAGUCAGCAAGAAGACACAACUGGAAUAUCACAGAUCUCUGAAGAAGGAAAACCCUUUCCAGCACCACAGGAGACAUCAGAACAGAUGCUAGAGCUGCCAGAUGAAGAAUUUCCAGGUUACCAUGAGGUAACAGUUUCAUCCCUGAGUCAUGGUCAAGUUUAUUUUUCAGCAUCACACAAUAUCCCAAUUAAUCAUCAAACCAACCCAAAAGAGGAUCAUCAUUCUCCAGUUGGUCAAGGGGUCCCAACCCAACCUGAAGAAUUUCCUGAGGAACCAUAUCCAAGUCAGCAGGAGAGCUCAACUUGGCCUUCAAUAACAGAUAGGUUUUCAUCUGUAGAUCUAGAGGCAACAUUCAGAACUGAACUUCCAAAGUCAUAUGAAACCACUGUUAAACAUGUGGACCUAGAACUUACCAUAACUCCAGAACCCUCUCUGAAGGAUGAAUCAGUUCCAUUUCCACAAGAAGACUUACGUCAGCCUAUAGACUCCACUGAGAAAGGUAAAUUUUCAAAGAUUCAGACUAAUGCCCUUUCAAAGCAUCCAUAUUUCUCCAAAACUGAAUCUCUAGCCUUCCAGGAAGCCAUAGCUCAGACAACACACCACUUUAAAGAGGUAUACCUUUAUUCAACUCAACAGGAAGCCUCAGAACUGCCUCCGGGUCACAGUAUGGGAGUAAGACCUUCUUUACAUCAACAAAUAACCCUAUCUCAUCCCAUAGACCUCCAUGAGAAUCAGAAACCAUUUCUAGCACUGAAGCCCACUGCAGCUCAGACUUUAAAACUCCAUAGAAAAGGAAAAUUUUCUCUAACCCAUAAAGUGAUUCCACACCCUCCAAAGCCACUGAAAAAUAUUGUAACUCACAUUCCAGCACACAAGAUAACUGUUCCAAGGCCAGAUCAGGAUCAAGUUGAGUAUACACUAUCACCUAAUGGUUUAUUUCAGCCUUUGGACCUAGAAGUUACUGUAACCCCAGGAAUUAGUCCAGAGACUAAGCAUUAUAUACUACCAAGAGUAGUAAAUCCACAUUUUCAAGUAAAACUUCCACAUCCACGUUAUAGUGAGUCUCAACAUCCAAACCCAACUAAAAACGCAUUUCAACCUUUGGAUCUAGAAGUCGCCAUAAAUCUAAAACUUAAGGAGAAACUUUCUCAAACUAUGGAAGAGACCACAAAUCAAGUGAUGGAACCUCCAGAAGAGAGUUGAACUCAAGGUCUAGAAUAUCAUGAGAUGACAAUUCCAAUACCAACUCAGGAUCAAGCUAAGUAUCUGGCAUCACUUACUGUCUCAUUUCAGCCCUUAGACCUAGAACUCCCCCUAACUUCAGAGCCUACCAGAGAGCCUCAGCAUCCUACAGUCCCACAGCCCCUUCAGCAUCCAAACCCUUAUGAAGCCACAGUUCAGCUUUUGGAUGUGGAACUCAUCCUAACUCAUAGAACUACUCCUGAGGGAGAACAUUCUCAAACUAUUCCAGAGACCACAAGUCUAAUUACAGAACCACCUAAGGAGGUUGUAUCUCAAGAGCAGGAAUAUCAAGAGGCAACAAUUCCAACAGAAACUGAGCAUCAAGUAGUUCCUUCAUCUCAACCUUUGGAUCUGGAACUCACCAUAACUUCAGAGCCUACCAGAGAGCCUCAGCAUCCUACAGUCCCACAGCACCCUCCACAUCCAAACCCUUCUGAAGCCACAGUUCAGCCUUUGGAACUGGAACUCACCAUAACUCAUAAAACUACUGCUGAGGGAGAACAUUCUCAAACUAUUCCAGAGACCACAAGUCCAAUUACAGAACCACCUCCAGCCCCAGUAUAUCAGGAGACGAAAGUUCCAACACCAGGUCAGGAUCAAAUUGAGUAUCCAACAACACAUGUUGUAUCAUUUCAGCCUUUGGAUCUGGAACUCACCAUAACUUCAGAGCCUACAAGAGAUGCUAAACAUCCUACAACUCCAAAGCACCCUCUGGUGAUAUAUCCAGAACGUGUUUACUCUCAACAUCCAAACCCAACUGAAGCCACAGCUGAACCUUUGGAUUUGGAAAUUUCCAUAGCUCCACAGCUUACUACUGAGGGAAAAUUUUCUCAGAGCAUUCAAGAGACCACAAUCCAGAUUACAGAAACACCUAAAGUGGCUGUAGUUCUAACCCCAGUAUAUCAGGAGGUGACUGUUCCAAUACCAACUGAGGAUCAAGCUGUUGUAUCAUUUAGGCCUUUGGAUCUAGAACUCACCGUAAGUUCAGGGCCUACUAGAGAUCCUCACCAUCCUACAACUCCAAGGGAGACUACAGUUCCUCCUCCAGAGUACUCUCUGGUGAUAUAUCCAGAGCCUGUUCACAGUAAGCACACAACUCAGAUACCUGAAGUCACCGUUCAGCAUUUGGAUCUAGAAUGUAAUGUAACUUAUCAACCUAUUAAUGAGGGAGUGCUUUCACAAAGUAUGCACGAGAGCACAACUCAGAUUACAGCACCACCUAAAGAGGGUGUAGUUCAAGAGGUGACAGUUCCUAUACCAAUUCAGGGUCAAGCUGAGAUUCCAGCUCCACCCAGCAUCUCAUCUCAGCCUUCUCAGCCUCCUACAGGAACUCACUUUCGUCCAACUCCACAGGAGACUAGUGUUCAUCAUUCAGAUCACAGUGUGAUCCUGAACCCAGGAGUUUUCGUUCCUCGUACAAGAACUCCAACUAAAACCGUAGUUAACCUUGAUCCUAACUCAUCUACUCUAGAAAACAGUCCUGAAAAUGUGCAGAGGACCACUGCUGAAGUUAGAAAACCACCUAGUGUGUUUGUAGUUCAAACUCGAGGAUAUGAGGAGGGCAUGGUUCAAGGUCUAAUUCAGAGUAAAGCUGAGUAUCUAACAAAACCAUAUCAUCCCUUAGACAUGGAACUCACUGUAACUGCAGAGCCUACUACAGAGGGUCCUCAUCCCACAGCUCUCAGUGAGACUACAGAUCGUCCAGUGCAUUCUCAAGUGACACCUCUAGAACAGGUUCACAUUCAGCCUCCAAACACAACUGAAAUCACGGUUCAUCCUCCAGAUUUGGAAGUUACCAUAACUCAUCAACCUACUACUGAGGGAGGACUCUUUGAACCUGUGCAAAAGACCUUCUCUCAGCCUCCACAGCCGCAUGAGGGGCUUGUUACCAGAGCUCCAGGGUUCCAUGAUAGUAAAGCUGCAAUGCCAAGUUAUCAAACUCAGCAUACAGUGUCACCUGAGGUCCAAGUUUACCAUCUUGAUGUGGAGCAUGCUUUAACUGAGCUAUCUAAGAUAGAGAGUGAACCUUUGGAAGCCCCAGGGAAUAUUACUACCCUUCCUCUAAAUAACCCUGAAAAGGUACUCCCACUUGAUGAGAAGAUUCAGGUUCAAAAUUCAAACCUAACUCAAGUCACAGCUCAGUAUUUACACUCAGAAUUUUCAAUAACUCGACAACCUAAUACAAUGAUUAAAGGUUCUGCCCCUAUGAAGGACUCCCCAGCUCACACUUCUGAGAUACCUAUGGAAACCGGGGCUCAAUUUCUAGAACAUUAUGAGACAGCAGCUCUAACUUUAGUUCAUGUUGAAGCUCAGCAUUCAGAUUCAUCAACUAUAGAGACUAAACCUGAAGUCCUAGAGACUGCAGCUGCUUCUACAGAGGCUGCACAGUAUGGAGUCUCAACAACUACAGCUGCUUCUCCAGAAGCUGCACAUUCUACAGUCCCAACAACUACAGCUCCUACUCCAAAGUGCCCUGAAAUUACACUUCCACCUACAGAUCAGUUUUCGAAAAUGGAACUUACCAUAACUCCAUAUUCUGAAAAUUCCACUACAGAAAAAGAUUUAACUAUGGAACAAAAUGCCUACAUGUACAUCAACCUAUGUGAGUUCUGCUUGUGUGAAAAUGAGACACUGCUGUGUGUUCAUCUCAGCCCAGAGCGGAGACUCCACCAAGUUCCUGUGCCAAAGCCCGACUCCUACAACAACACUUUUGCUAACUUGUAA